AUGGACAAAUUUGAUCUUGUAUAUUCAUUGCCAAUGAAGUCGCCAGUCUUGCAUUUCAUCGGAUUCGUUAUUUUUGUAAGCUAUGAUUUGUGUAGUUGUUUCAGGCUGCAAAUGAUACCAGGAAUCCCUACCGUGGGUAAAUAUGACACCAAUUAUGUAGAUAAUAUUGUAUUAAAAACGAGACGAAAUGGAAGAAAUAGUGACUAUGCACUCAGCGUUGAAUUUACGUCUAAACAUGGCAUGGGAAAUAAUAAUGUAUCGAUACAUUUGAUCUUUUAUGAGUACCUGCACAAUGAGUACAGACCAUCAUUUGUUGAGAUGCACUAUAAAAUCUGCGACCUCAUACUUAAAGACACGAUUUUUGGACCAGUGAUUAGAAGAAGUGGAAUGACUGUUUGUCCAUUACCUGCGGGAAGAUACCAUAUGAUGAAUUUGACAUUCAACGAAGAAUUCCCCUCCAUUUGGCCAUUCGAAAAGGGAAAGCUUGAUUUUAUUGCAAAAAAUGAACCCAGUGCUCAGGAAUUCGCUAGAGCCAACGUCGUACUAUCAUUCAAAAUGAUUAAAUAA